AACCGCCCAAAAAGGAGACAAGGGCAAGAAAUCAGACCUACUUACUGUCACAAACUUGGACGAUAACAAAGAAAACAUCCCUCCUGGACUGGCGACGCCAGAGGUAGAACCCGAUCGUGAAAGCAAAGAACCUACACUGGGCUUGACCGAGAACGUACCGAAAGCAACUGUCAGUAUUUUGGAAGCACAAUUGGACGUGACCUGUCCAAGCUUAUGCAAGACUUUGAACAUUCGAACGGUCAAGACAACGAACCUCUCGUCACAGAAGACGCACCUCCCGUCACCGAGAAUUUUCCCGAAACUUCAUCGACGUUGAGGCAGCAGUAUGAGUCACCUUUGAUGCUUUUUGGUGGCUUUAUGAAGGCCGGUAGCAAAACACGUAUUGAAGCCGGUGAAGACGCUCAUCAAAAAGCGCUUUCUCUGUUUUCCGAGGAUAACGACCUUCACCCGUCGGACCGACACGUUGUUCCGUCAGAAAACGGUGCACACUCCUCAUUAAACAUGAAUAACGAUAGCAGUAUCGGUAUCAAAUCCCCAUGUGAGCAGCCACCGUUGCAUAACGAGAACGAUUCCAACGCACGAACUAUUAUAAAGGAUACAAAUGCCACAGAGAAGUCUAUAACGACCGAAACGCCUGACUUUACGACAGGGAGGGGACGUCCGAUACAGUUUUCAUCUGGCACCCAUAUGCUAAACGUAACUCAAGGAAACGAGCAUGCCAAGAAACAACAAUCCGUCAGCUGCGGUGGGAAACGCAGUGCAGCCGAAGCUCGGAGUAAUGACGAUGAUUACAGAUACGAAAACAUCUUAUCGGAAUAUGGUGGAUUCCGGAUGGGAAAUAGUAAAUCAGUCAUCCCAGUUUCAGUAGAGGCAAAACGACAGGCUGUGGAACUUUUCAAUAACGAAACGGUUCCGACUCAAGCAGAACAAUCCAACCAACGAUCAACAUCUGCUGAUAUUAUUCUAACUGAAAAUCCGGAGGUGCAUAAUAACAGCAUACAAGCGGUGCAGAUGCCUGCAAACGACGCUACGGACAGCAUGAAACAUACAACUGCAUCGCCUUUGCGCAUACUAUCUUUCUCGUCGCAAAAACGGUCGUAUAAGCGAAGGCCAGUGGUUCAUCAGACGAAAGUCAAACCUUUCAAAUCACCCGUUGUGCACGCCAACCUCGAGAAGACCAAAGCCGCGAUACAGAAAACCGAAGGGCCUAGCGUGCGUGCCAGGAAUCCUUCCAUUUUCGACUUACAGGUGCCUCGCCAUCGCCAAAACUUGAGUGAUCUGGGCCUUCCUCUCCAGUAUUCCGUUGAUGAGCUUCGUGCUAUGAACAUAUCCGAUGAAAUCAUUUAUAUGACUGCCAGCAAGGCCAAGCAUUUCAGCUUUAAUGGAUGGGGACCGGAUGCUGCGUAUAAAGCGAUGAUUGACGCAGGCGCUGUCUCUACUUCACUGCCGUCUGCUUGGGUGGAAAAUCAUUACAAGUGGAUUAUAUGGAAAAUGGCAUGCAUGAUCCGUUCUUAUCCUAGACAGUUCUCCGAUUCGUGGACACCAGAAAAAGUAUUGGAGCAGCUGUGUUAUAGAUAUGAGCGCGAAAUCAAUCAAGGGCAACAGUCAGUGUUGAAACGAAUUAUUGAGCAAGACGAUGUUGCUGUUAAACAUAUGGUCUUGGCUGUUGCUGAUAUCGUUGACUUGAAAGCUGAUUCAAAUCAUCAGGCAGCAUCUCCAUCCAUGGGCAAAGCGUUAACUUGCAAGCUGGUACUUACGGAUGGCUGGUAUGAAAUCCCUGCAAUGAUGGAUGCGAGAAUGCAACGAGCUGUGGAAACCAGAAAACUGAAAAUCGGUCACAAGCUAUCCAUCUGUGGAGCACAGCUGAUGGGGUCGCGCGUUGCUAAAUCGCCAUUAGCUGCGCUUGGCGAUACGACGUUAUCCAUCUCGACCAACAGUUGCUUGCCAGCAAAAUGGGAUGCCAGGCUCGGGUAUCAGUCGAACGGUCUACUGACACGCUCCAUUUCAUCUCUGUUCGAAGACGGGGGGACAGCUACAGCGAUAGACGUUGUAAUAUGGCGAAAGUAUCCAAUCAUGUACAGCGAAACAUUACCCAAUGGAAACACCAUUACCAGAACAGCCAGCGAAGAAGAGGAUAGACGCAAUCAGCUGUGCGCAACCAUAUAUCAGGGCGAACAAAGCGAUAUUCUUUCAAUACCCAAUCUUCGCUUAGAAUACGACGAUGACAACACAUCCGCUAUGGGCAGAUAUGGAAGCGGCUAUAACAAUGGACAGCGCAGCACGGAAGAACGCAAAGUCUCUGGCUAUUUCAAACUACGUAUUGGAGAUUACAGAAGAUCCCAGUCGAAUGACCCAAUAUCGAUGGCUACACUGCUCAUAUUGAAUGCGAAUGAAGUCAACUACAUGGAUGUGCAGGAAGGGAACCGUUAUCGCAUUACCUUUCUCGCCCCUUAUACUCCCAAAAUCAAAAGAUUCCCUGGUCUUCAUCUAAAAACCACGCGCUAUACACGAUGGGAGCUUAUCUCGAAAGCUACGGAAGACAUGGUCUCCAAGUUCCUCUAUAUUCCCCGUCAAAUUACCCAGUGCGAAGAUAUCCAUACGAUGAACCAAACCGACGACAUGGAUGUCGCCGUAUUUGUAUUACAUGCUGGUUCAGCCACACAAGAUCAGCAUGUCAUUGGUCGUACGCUUUGGCAUCAGACAUUACUGGUUACCGAUGCUAGCCAGCAGUUAUGCCAGAUAAAACUGCGCUUGCCAACCAGACCACUGAGUGGUAUCGAAGGACAGGUCAUUGGCUGCAUGAACUUGCGCUACGAUCUGUUUGAUCAAAAGUUCGGAAUCAUCCACCUGAAAUUUACAGACGACAGUGAAUUAUUUAUCAAAAAACCAUCAUCCAACCAUAUGCAGCGAGCAAUGACGGAUCUGAAAUCAUGGGUUCAGAGUCAUCCAGAUGCUCUAAGCAAUCUCUAUGAGCGUGUCAAUGCUCUGAUCCAUUAACCCAGCAUUUCAUAUUCAUGAUUUGAGUCAAAAAAUAAUGCUUACUGUAUAUCGAAAAAUCAACCAACAACAAAAGAGCGUAUUAAUUUAAGUUAUGCCUGAACAUUUCCUUUUGGGAACUUACUACAUCUUACUAGCAAUUAGUAAAAAAAAUCUUUUGGAAAUUAGCGAUUUGUAAAUCACAUGAUCUACACUAAGCUAUCAGGGCCUGUUAAACCUCUUUUUUUU